GGAGAAUACUACACUAUGCAUACAAAUACAUUUGGUCUCAGUUCUGAUUGAGAGACCACGCCAGAAGUUUUGCGUUACAAUGUUAAGUUGUGUCAUUUUCAUUGUUUGUUGUAUUUUAAUAAGUAAUCUCGGGACAGCGUCGAAACCAUUGUCAAUUUUAGUGAUACAGCAUAUUCCGUCGCCUAGCCACCACGUCUGGACGGAGCAUUUGGUUAAAGGGCUGCUUCGCAAAGGUCAUCAUGUACACGCAGUGAGCAUACAUGAGACUAAGGUCAAGGGUAAACUCGCGCAGAAUUUGACAUACGCCGUUUUCGAUGGUCUGAUGCACACUUAUGAAGAAGCCGAGGAUUAUAAUCCAGCUGCAUGGAAAGAGUACGGUACACUAUAUAUGAUGCAUUUUAUGUAUCAGCUUAUCAUUAAUACAUGUGAUACAGUGAUAAAAACUAAAGCAGCGAAAGAACUUUUGGAAAUGACUAAAUCUGUCGAGUUUGACGUUAUAGUGCAAGAUAUUACUUCGAAUCAUUGUUUCUACGGAUUAUGGGAGGAUGUGCGCGUAUUUCUCGACGAAGCAAAGAAUGGAGCUAUUGUAAUAUCGUUAGGAACAAAUGUGAAAUGGAAAGAUGUCGGCCUAGACAAGAUUAAAAUUGUUAUACUGGCUUUGUCGAAACUGAAGCAACGAGUGCUGUGGAAGCUAGAUAUUGAUGUGCCAUUUGAGAUACCGAAUAACGUAAUGGUUGUGAAAUGGAUGCCGCAAAGCGAAGUUUUAUCUCAUAAAAAUGUAAAAGCAAUCUGGACGCAUGGUGGUCUUCUCAGUACGCAGGAAGCCAUUUGGAAAGGUAUACCAGUGAUCGUAAUGCCUUUCUUUACGGAUCAAAGACCCAAUGCAAGAAUAUUAGUAGCUAAAGGUGUUGGCAUACACUUGAAUAUUAAAACUUUGUCCGCGCAGUCCAUAUUGCACGCAGUUGAAGAAGUACUUUACAACGAAAGUUAUACAAGAAACAUGAAGCAAUUAUCCAGUGAGUUUCGGGAUCGGCCAAUACCGCCAUUAGAUUUAGCUGUUUGGAGUGUUGAAUACACCGUUCGCCAUCCAAAUGGAACUUUAGUAACACCGCUGAGAUCUCAGAGCUGGGUGGAACAAAAUCUGAUUGAUGUCUACGCAAUUUUGUUUCUUAGUUUCUUCAUAAUAUUGUUAAGUAUAUUUUUUGUAAUAAAGCUAUUAAUUAAUUUUUAUUAUAAUUAUAUGUACACUGCAUCUAAUUUACGCAAGAGUAAACAAGCGUAAGUCGUAUUAAAAAUUAUUAACAGGCUUUGCGUGCAGUUGCUGCAUAUAAUGUUAAUGUAAAGAAGUGAAAUUACCGUAAAUAUAGAAAAUUUUGUAUUAAUUGAUAUUGUAAUUAAUAAUAAAAUAUGUUACACUAAAUUGUAAAAUAA